UUCAUGGCAACAGGUCGCAAUUCCCACCCCUUCCAUUCUGGCGUCCCGUCCACAGGGAGGAGACAACGCAGUUGAACAUCCACCUGCUCCUCCUUCUCCCCUGGGAUGCAAAGCCAGUCCAAUCUGCAUGCAUCCAACUGUAGUCGCACUGCCGCCACACAUUUCUGCCCGUAUGAGCUGGGAGGCGUAGGAGGAGAACAAGAUGGCCAACUCAGCGCUGGAGAUCGUGGGUCUGUUGUUGACCCUGAUCGGGCUGAUUGGGACGGCGGCGAGCACCGGGAUGCCCAUGUGGCGAGUCACAGCUUUCAUUGGGGAGAACAUCAUCGUGUUUGAGACUCGCUACGAGGGCCUGUGGAUGAAUUGCUUCCGGCAGGCCGACAUCAGGAUGCAGUGCAAGGUGUACGACUCUCUCCUGGCCCUGCCCCCCGACCUGCAAGCAGCGAGGGGGCUCAUGUGCUGCGCCCUGGCCCUGGGCGGCCUGGGUCUGCUGAUCAGCUUGGUGGGGUUGCAGUGCACGUCGUGUAUCCAGAACAACGACCGAGCCAAGCGGCUGGUCCUGAUCAUCGCAGGGAGCAUGGUCCUCGUGGCCUGCGUCUGCGUCCUCAUCCCUGUUUCGUGGACGGGCCAUGUCAUCAUCAGGGACUUCUACAAUCCCCUGCUGAUCGACGCCCAGCGCAGGGAGCUCGGAGAGGCUCUGUACAUCGGCUGGGUGUCCGCGGCUUUCCUGUUCUUUGGAGGAUGCAUGUUCACCUGCUGCAACCUGCAGUCCGAAGAAAAGGCUUCACCAAGGUACAUGUACUCCAGGGACCCCAGCUACAUGGCCUAUCCCCCACAGCCCCUCCAGCCUCAGCAGCUGGUGUUUGUUCCCCAACCACAACCUCAACCACAACCUCAACAAUAUCCGGUCCUGUCCAGACACCCAUCGAGUAUCUACAGCACCUAUUCCAGAUACCCCUCUGUACGCAGCGAGAUGGCCUAUCUCUGAACACUGAAAGAGGUAAUGGUAAUCAGCUGUGGUCACUAUGUUAAAGGGAAUUUCCUUUAUAUGCUUUACAGUGCGAUCUACAACACAUUUCAGGUUAGAAAACACAUUUCAACGAAUACAUUAAGGCUACUGUGAAUGCAAAUGAAUCAAAUUCAUAGUGACCUCCGUUUUAAAUCACAUGCUUUUAUAUAUUGUUUGUUGUGUACAUGACAUUUUGAUGAAGAGCACUUGUUAAAGAACGUCUGUGUGAAGCCAGUAAUUUCCGUCACUUUCAAGUGUGUUGUAUUAUCAAAAAUACAAUUUCUGUACAUUAGGUUAAAACUUUUAUUAAUAUGUGUUGUGACAAUUCACGCAUUGUUCAAGCACCAAAUUUUGUGGCACAUUUGUGUUUGUGUUUACUGUGGAAAUGCAAAUUUCUUGGUGGGACAUGUUAGCUGCGCGGUUACAAUGUUAAUAUUUCAGAUGUUUCAACACACCUUCAACAAAAACUGUAAAAAACAAACACACAAUCAUGUGACAGAUGAUCUCACUGACGUUCCCUCUCAGUUUUCGCCAGAAUUAGCAAAAGUACACACAAAGGAAAACCAAUACAGGUGAACCACAGGGACAGCAUUUGUAUAUGUCGGUGAGGACUGAUGUGAGAAUUACAGACAGUCAAGAACAUUGAGUGUGUGUGUGUGUGUGUGUCUGUUUGCUGAAGCUAGGUAUGAUGCCCUGGAGGCGCUUGUUAACUGAUGGUACUGAGUAAACACGAGAUGCAGGUUUAAGACUGUGUGUGGAAGGCGUGGACUCAGAGGCAGCUUCAGCCGGAGAGAAGUGAGUUUGUGAUGAAGUCGGACAGAGACGACCUGACAGCUGGAAUCACCUGAUCAGAAUUUGCAAGUCGCUUUGAAUAGAGAUAACGUAAUUUUAGGCCACAACUUGUUUAAGUUUAUUUCCUGGUUGAAAAGUGAGAAAACCUUUGCUCAGUCAUGUAAGUUAGUUCUUGCACUACAUGGUCAUGUCAUUUCAAUUUCAGUGAGAUUAAUAGCAGCUUGAAUUGAUUGGGUGUUUAUUAAAGUUACACUAAACUUUAAGUGUAACUUCAGCCCCCGGUCUGAGCUAAACUCCACCCUCUGCAUGAUUUUGAAAAAUGCUAAAGGGACUGAGGGGAAGAGGAAGGAGGAUAUAGUUGUCUCUGAUGUCCUCAGGACAAAACAACAAUGUAGAGAGACACAGAAUCACAAGGCAUCUAUGGGACUCUUUUAAAGUGGAUGACUUUCCCUGGAAUGGGCAUUGGUCUGCUGGAGGACCAUGGUUGUCCAUUUCUGUUGUCCCUCCCCCCCCCUAAAGUCACACCUCUCGUAGGCCAUGCAAGUCCGAGAGAGGGUGGAGUCAGUCUCUGGGUUCAUAUAACAACAACGAACAUGUUUGAAGUUGUAACAUAAAUCCCACAAUCUGAGACAGUUUUAGUCCAGAUCAGCCAAAUACUCAGUUGCAAAAGCCCGGUUCCAACCAGUAGAGGGCAGUCACAAUGUAUAUUUAACACAUUUAGUGUCAAAUUCAAACAUUCUGCACUAAAAUGUCAACAUUUGUACCCAAAUUAAUCAACCACACCACUAAACACCUGUUUAAAUUGAUUUUCAGAUGUAGAAAGUGAUUUAGUUAUUCUUUAAGGAUCUGUUUGUCCAUGUUGUGACUUCUCAGCAGCUCUGGAGUUACACAAAUAUGAAAUAUAUGUUGACUUGUUGUAUGAAAGGUUAACUUGUCAUUUCUGAAAAUAUACAUCUGGUCCUCAACAAUCAAUCACUUGUGGAUCAUCUCUGCUCCCCUGUGGACGACAGAAGUACUGGAGGAGCUUAUGUGAUACAGUGUAUAUUUGUUUGUGUCUGAAUUGUUAUCACAUACAGUAUAAUGUGAAAAUUAAAAACAUGAUGAUUGAUUAAAA